AUGCGCAGAGACGUGGGGCCGUGCCGGUGCCGCCGCCUCCCGCACAGCUCCGUCUGCCGGGCGCGGCCCGCCACUGCCGCCGCCCCUCACCCUGCCUCGGGGCGCGGCCCCCCUCGCCCGCCCCUGCCGCUGCCCCUCACCCGGCCUCGGGGCGCGGAGGGGCUGCGAGGCGGCCCCGAAGCAGGUCCCGGCUGCGGGUCCCGGAACGGGCAGGCUGGAGGGGCCUUGGGCAGGACGGGCUCCCCCAAACACUCCUGGAGGGUCCCCGCCCCGGCCAAAGGCCACUCACCCUGCCAGGACCUCCACGUCCCCCCGGCACGCAGCCCUGAUGGUGCAAAGGGAAUUGCACAAGACAGCAACCCCCAGAGAGGAGGAAGCAGGAGGGUGAUACCCCCGCAGGGCCUCAGCACCCCCCUCCCGAGCUAUUUAAGCACCCCAAGCUCGAGCAGUCCCAGGGGAGGUGGCAGUGGCCUGCUCUGCACCAGCAUGGUCACAGCUGGGCUGUUCAUCCUGAGCCUCGGAGGCUCCAUCCUGCUCCCAGCACUGGCCCCAUCAGGAGUCCAGGGCAGCCGGAUCAUUGGGGGGAAGGCAGCAGCACCCCACUCCCGGCCCUUCAUCGCCUCCAUCCAGAUAGAUGGGCAGCAUGUCUGUGGAGGCUUCCUGGUGUGGCCCAAGUGGGUGAUGACAGCAGCCCACUGCCUCAUUCCCAGGCGCAGCCCCUCUCUGCGGGUGGUGCUGGGCGCCCACCGGUUGGAGGAGCCCGAGAGGUCCCAGCAGGUCUUCAGCGUUGCCGAGUCCAUUGCCCACCCGCACUAUAGCCCCAAGUCGGUGGACAACGACAUCCGCCUGCUCAGGCUCAACAGGUCAGCCACCCUGAACAAGUUCGUGAAGCGGAUCCGCUUGCCCCUCCCAUACGUCGACCUGAAGCCAGGCACCGUCUGCCACGUGGUGGGCUGGGGGGACACCUCCAACUACGGCGACCGGCCCACCGAGCUGAUGGAAACCGGCACCACCAUCAUGAAGAGGAGCCUCUGCCGGACGCUGUGGCGGGGCAAGGUCUCGCGCAACAUGCUGUGCGGGGCCAGCCCCAACGCCACGCUGCAGGGCGUCUGCGCUGGUGACUCCGGGGGACCUCUUAUCUUCAAGGGAAAGGUUUAUGGCAUUGUCUCAUUCUCCGGAGAGAGAUGUGGGGACCGCCGGUAUCCCGACAUCUACACCAAGAUCUCCAACUACAUCAGCUGGGUCCAUCGCACUGUGCAAGGGCAGCGCCAGCAGAAGGGGUGGCCGAAGCCCUCACCAGGGCUGGGAAGCCAGACCCCCAUCUGA